GACCACGAAACUGGCCGCUUCUUGCAUUUUGCUGUCUGCGCUGUUGCUUAUGUGGCAGCUUGCCGCUCCCUGCGCCGGCGGCGCGACAAAUAUUGACAGGUGAUAAGCGCAGCUACUCUUCGUCCGUUACAUCAUGGAGCGCCUGUACCACGCUUCCAACAGCAUCGUGGAAGAUAUCCACCAGUGCUUCAAGAGGUAUGAAGUCUCGGUUGGCGAGGAAGCGCAGCGUAUCGAGGGCGUCAUUCAGGAAAAAAUCAACGAGCUAUCUGCCAACUGCGAACGUCUGGGCAUUUUGGCGAACAAGGAACCAGUGUCGCGUCGACAGCACGCAAAGAUGAGAGUGGACGAACUCAGGUACGAGCAGAAGCACCUUCAAGCGGCGUUGGGAAACUUGCAGCGGCGUCGGUUUGAACGAGAAGAGGCCCUUCAGUGCCGAGAAGAACUGCUGUCCAAAAAGUUUUCUACCAACGACGCCCGUGACACGGCCAUUAACAUCGACGAGUCGUUACAGUUCCAUUCCAGGGCUCAGUCGGCCAACAAAAACGUGGACGAUUUGAUUGGUAGCGGCACCAGCAUACUUUCCAACCUGAGGGAGCAAAGGACAACGCUCAAAGGUGCGCACCGCAAGAUUCUCGACGUGGCCAACACGCUCGGAAUGUCCAAUACGGUGAUGAGGAUGAUCGAGAGGCGAACUUACCAGGACAAGUUCAUUCUUUUCGGUGGAAUGUUUGUUACCUGUGUCGUGAUGUUCCUCGUGGUGAAGUACCUUACGUGAGACGUCGCACGAGUGUUUUAUUUAGAAGGUGCUUAUCGAAGUUUAACCAAAU